UCCCGUUUCCGGAAGAAGAAAAACAACGUUUCUGAGUUUUAUUUGUUCAGUUGUUUAAUUUUCCAUGAAGAAGUACUUACAGAAUUCGGUAUAUAACACAGAAAAUGACUAGUCAAAGUGACCCCUUAAAGAGAUUACAAGAGGAUGACCUCACACGACCCCCUGAGGAGGUGUUCGACGUGUUGGGCAAGUUGGGCGAGGGGUCAUAUGGAAGUGUGUAUAAAGCACUCCACAAGGAGUCGGGCCAGGUCCUGGCCAUUAAACAGGUGCCUGUGGAUACCGACCUACAGGAGAUCAUCAAGGAGAUCUCAAUAAUGCAGCAGUGUGACAGUACCUUCAUUGUCAAAUACUACGGCAGCUACUUCAAAAACACAGACCUAUGGAUUGUGAUGGAGUACUGCGGAGCUGGCUCUGUGUCGGAUAUCAUGAGACUUCGCAAUAAGACGCUGUCUGAAGAUGAGAUAGCCACAAUCCUGUUUGAUACACUGAAAGGUCUGGAGUACCUCCACUCACGCAGGAAAAUCCACAGAGAUAUCAAGGCAGGAAAUAUCCUUCUUAAUACUGAAGGGCAUGCCAAGCUGGCAGACUUUGGUGUCGCAGGACAAUUAACGGACACAAUGGCCAAAAGAAACACUGUGAUAGGAACCCCAUAUUGGAUGGCCCCAGAAGUUAUACAGGAGAUUGGGUACGACUGUGUAGCAGAUAUAUGGAGUUUAGGUAUAACAGCUUUAGAAAUGGCUGAAGGAAAACCCCCGUAUGGAGAUAUCCACCCUAUGAGAGCUAUAUUUAUGAUACCCACGAAGCCUCCGCCCUCCUUUCGGAAUCCAGAUAAGUGGUCUCCAGAAUUUAUAGACUUUGUCUCCAAAUGUCUUAUAAAAAAUCCGGAACAGAGAGCUACAGCACCGGAACUCAUGAACCAUGAAUUUAUAAAGAAUGCCCAGCCAUGCACUAUACUACAAGAUAUGAUCAAAGAAGCCAAAGAGAUUCUCACAGCACAAACCUCAGUCACCACGAACGGGGACGAUUCAGGAGAAGAUGAUGAUGUCGACUCUGGUACCAUGUUGCAUAAACGAGACGACACAAUGAAAUCCCAGUCGGAAUCUGCGGGGACGCUGGUCCCUAGUAACAGUGGGACAGUGAUUGUGAACAGUGAGGCAGGGACGAUGGUCGAGUCCGAACUGGGAACCAUGGUGAUCAACGAGGACACAUCAGAUGAUGACUCAACGAUGAAACGUGUGGACAGUGGCUAUGCUAGCUCGCUAGUCAGAAAAUAUGACACAGGACAUGACACAGACCAAGCAGGUAAAGACAAGUAUCGACCGGCUUACCUGGACCACUUCGAGAAAAAAGAACAGGAUAAAUGUCAGCCUGCCACCCGCCCAUCAACUCAGGCCCCGCCUCCUCUCCAGUCACCCAUAUCUCAGCCCAAACAAGUUACUCCUCCGCACUACUUCCAACGGUCUUUCAUUGAUGGAGAUUUUGAAUUUCUACGAAACCUAGCUUACGAAGAUUUAGAGAAACGGUUGUCUGAUUUAGAUCCUGAAAUGGAACGUGAAAUUGAUGAGUUGCGUGCACGCUACCAAGCAAAACGCCAACCAAUCCUUGAGGCAAUUGAUGCAAAGAAAAAACGACAGAAUAAUUUUUAAUAAGAAUUUUUAAAAAUGUUAUAACAUAUGAACUCGAGCUACCUGGCCUUCAUCGACGAGAGUCUCUGGUCGUGUGUCCUGGCUUCCAGUGAAGGAUAUCUUUGAUAAUAGAUGUGUGUGUCGGGGCCUGUCCUGGCUUCCAGUGAAGGAUAUCUUUGGUAAUAGAUGUGUGUGUCGGGGCCCCCGAAGGAGACUUUUGUGUUUGUCAUUUCUAAUUAGGCCAAAAUUGGAGAUUUUUGUGAAUGUUAAAGAUGUUCCUUAGCUUUCAGCGGAGAUUGUCAUGGACAUUAACAAUAUCCCUCAAGCUACAGUAGUGGAGAUUGUCCAGGAUACUAGCUAUGUCCCUCAGCCUACUGAGAAGAUUGUCACAGAUGAUAGCAAUGUCACUUGGCCUUCAGCGGAUAUUGUCAUGAAUGUAAGCUAUUUCCCUCGGCCUACAGUGGAGAUUGUCAUGGAUGUUAGCGACGACCCUCAACCUACAGUGGAGAUUGUCAUGGAUGUUAGUUGUGUGUUUCUUGAUUUCCAAUGGGAGAUGCCGGUGUGAGCUUUGUACCCUACAGAAUGGAUGCUUGAUAAUGGGUAGAAUGUGGUGAAAAUGGUGUUCUGGUAAAAAGUGUUGGUAGCCUGUUUGUUUAUUUUGUUUACAUAUUAAGAAUGUUGACAGGGCUGGUUAAGUUUUUACAGACUAGUAACUUUGAUAAAUAGGUCGGUUAAUUCUAGGCCUCAUUUUAUGCUCUUAUUAUACUUCUAGUAUGUUUUUUAUUAUUAAGAACUAUUGAUGUGCAGAAUUUAAUAAAAAGUAUUUUGGCUUGAGUUACUUCAAAAUAAGAUUCAAUAGGUCUAUUAGCAUGAGUUAUGUCGUAAUAAAUGAUAGGCCUGUUAGCAAGAGUUAUGUCAGAUUAAAUAAUAAUUAUGCUUGUUAGCAUGAGUUAUGUCAGAAUAAAAUAAUAGGCCUGUUAGCAUGAGUUACAUCAUAAUAAAUAAUAGGCCUGUUAGCAAGAGUUAUGUCGGGAUAAAUAAUAGGCCUGUUAGCAAGAGUUAUGCCGGGAUAAAUAAUAGGCCUGUUAGCAAGAGUUAUGUCAGGAUAAAUAAUAGGCCUGUUAGCAAGAGUUAUAUAGGCCUGUUAGCAUGAGUUAUGUCAGGAUAAAUAAUAAUUAUGCUUGUUAGCAUGAGUUAUGUCAGAAUAAAAUAAUAGGCCUGUUAGCAUGAGUUACAUCAUAAUAAAUAAUAGGCCUGUUAGCAAGAGUUAUGUCGGGAUAAAUAAUAGGCCUGUUAGCAAGAGUUAUGUCGGGAUAAAUAAUAGGCCUGUUAGCAAGAGUUAUGUCAGGAUAAAUAAUAGGCCUGUUAGCAAGAGUUAUAUAGGCCUGUUAGCAUGAGUUAUGUCAGGAUAAAUAAUAGGCCUGUUAUAAUUAGCACAAAUUAUGUCAGGAUAAAUAAUUGGUCUUUCAGCGUGAGUUAUUCAUCAUGUAUGGGUUUGUCUGAACAAUCAAUUGAUCUAUAAACCAACAGUAAUUGAAGUAUUAUCAGCAUCAACAUCAACAGAUUAUCAAACUUUUAAAUGUUAAAACAAAUUCAAAAUGUAGUGUACAUGUAUUUGAAGUAGAUGUAAUUAGCUGCACAUUAAUUUUCCAAAUUAAUAUUGAAAGAAUUUAUGUUGAAAUUCUUUAUUUUACAUCAAGCUUUUUAAAGAAUUUAUUUGGCACGUUUUGUUGUUUCUUUGUGCUCUGGGGAAAUAUUGAUAGUCCAAAUUUAUUUGAUAUAAAUGUGUAUGAGCUGAUGUGAAAUUAUAUGAACCAAUUAGGCCUUAUUGAAUGAUGAAUGUUGGAAGUGAAUAUAAAAUUGCAAUGUACAGUAAAUAGUUCUAUAGAAAAAGCUGAGACAUUUUAGCUGCCAUCAGUUUGUGAUUGUUGAUCUGCAGUCCUUUAAUUCUAAGUGUGAACAGUUAAGUAGUAGACCAAAAGUGUGUUUUCUAAACAUUGCCAGUACAAUUUAAUUGGAUUUUAUAAAAAAUAUUAAUACAACAUUAUUAUUAAAUAAAAUGUAUACAAAAAUCAUAAUUUUUAAUUUGUAAUUCAGGAAAUUACCUUGAAAAUUGCAUGUAAUAUAAUGAUAAUUUCAUUCAUAUUGAAUGUGCAUUAAAGAAGAUCUUAGAAGUACAAUAAUACGAUAUGUAACUUUUCAAAAUCUCAAAAAAUGCUGUUUUUUUAGUUUUCUUUUUUUUAAUAAUGCCUUAUUUUAUCAACUUUCUGAAAAUAUAAUGUAUGGAAACACUGUAAUACAAAUUAUUUCCAAUGUCAUGAACGUUUAAGUUUAUACUUCAAAUUCAAUGUGCUGACAAAUAAUAAUAAUAUCUGAUACUGUACCAAAACUGAUUAAGACGUUUUUCCUGGAAACCUAUUGAUGGGCAAUGUCCAGUUAUUUAGUAAUUGUAAGUUGAAUUGGUGUCACUGUACCUUUAUAAUGUUACAGGAAGUUUCAUGAGUGUUUUUUGUAACAUGAAGAAAUUACUUUAACUUUAAAUUUUCAACAGGAAAGCAUUACAGAACUUAAGAAAUUAAAAGUUACUUAUCAAAAGUUUAUCCUUAGAUCCAAUAAUGCUAUUGAAAAUCUUUAAAAGGAUUUUUUCCCUUAAAUCUGAUAAUGCAUUCCUAUGGAAAAUCAAAAGUUAUAUUUUCUUUAAUUAAACCAAAUAAUGCUAUGGAAAAUUUUAAAGGAACUUUUUCAAGUUUAGUAACUUUAACAAGACUGAGGCCUGUCCUGUUAUAAUUAGUUCUUGGAUUGAGGUUUAGUUACAG